AUGCCUGAGGCAGGAUAUCUCACUCGGGCCUUAGCGCGGUUACUGGGGCGACGUGAUUGCGGAGUACCUCAACACCCCUACUUUGGCGAUGAACUCUCUUCAACCAACCCAUUCCACAUUACUCAAGCUCGAACUCUAUCUCCACGCGAAGUGCUUGUUCUCGCUAUCUCCCGACAUACUACUAAUGCUCUUGUUACACAUGGCGCGAGCGCGAGCGCGGCCGCGAGUGCGAGUGCGAGUGCGACCAGAUCGCUGUGUGCUGCUGCGGUCGCUGUACCAGGCCUCUGGUGGCUGACACCUUCCUCUGACGAAGCUCCACGUCUUGAUCUCGAGGGACCACCCACGAGGCAAUUGGUCUUCGACACAGGUCCGUCAAAAAAUGCGGUGACGCGUAUCUUAUCGCAGAACUCAUAUUCAUUCAUGGUCAAAACCGUCUCCGGCGUUAAUCGAUACGAUGGCACCCAACUAGCUUCAAAUAGUGUGUGCGAGGACCGAUUCACACAUGGGAAGCUUCCUUCGCCGUGGAACGAUAACAAUCAGUGGAUGGCCUGGGGCGUUUUCGAUGGUCAUGCAGGCUGGCAGACAGCGGCACUUCUCCAGAAACAACUCCUGCCUUUUGUGCGAUAUAGCUUGGGCAAUAUUGAGCCUACUCCAGGAGGGGCAGUGAGAUCCGACAAGAUGAUCCAAACUGCUAUUAAGAAAGGGUUCGUCGACCUCGACGAAGCCAUCAUGGAGCUAGCCUUGACUGCCGCUCAGAGUGAAGAACCUCUUCAGGACAAAGUGAAGAAAUCUGAGUCUGCCUGGGCAGGCUCAUGCGCCUUGCUAGCUAUGUAUGAUCCCGCGGCAAGCACACUACAAGUGGCGUGUACAGGCGACUCGCGAGCAGUGUUGGGACGGGAAGAUUCGGACGGCAAGUGGAGAGCUAUUCCUCUGUCAGUGGACCAAACGGCCAACAAUCCAGAGGAAGUGGCGAGAAUCAGCAAGGAGCACCCUGGCGAAGAAGGCAUAGUUAAGGACGGAAGGGUGCUAGGGCUUGUAGUUUCACGAGCCUUUGGCGACAGUCGGUGGAAAUGGGCAGUCGAAUUACAGAAGGAUCUGAAAAGGAGGCUUUAUGGCCCAAGACCCCUCACACCAAAGUACGACAUUCGAACACCGCCAUACAUAACUGCCGAGCCGAUUGUCACCACGACGAAGAUUGAUCCAAACAAACCCUCCUUCUUAAUCUUAGCAACGGACGGUUUAUGGGAUACCCUCACCAAUCAACAGGCCGUUGAUCUGGUUAAAGGAUGGUUGGAACGUCGAGCAUCUCGAGAUUCGAGCCGUACACCAGAGCCUACGCACGAGCCAUUUGAUUUUCGUCACUUUCGGAAAGGUGUGAGCUGGAAGUUUGUGGCGGAGAGGGCAACCUUUCAAGAUGACAAUGUUGCUGUGCACCUGGUGCGAAAUUCAUUAGGCGGAAACCACCAUGAAUUACUCGCUGGUCGGCUUGCAUUCAGUUCUCCAUUCUCCCGGAGCUUGCGGGAUGAUAUAACUGUCCAAGUUGUCUUCUUCAAUGUCCCAGGUCUCGAAUCCUCAACUCAAAAGCCCACGUUGCUUGACCGUAUGCUGCCCAAGCUUGGUCUUCGGUAA